CAUAUAUUCGUCAUUCUUGAGCCUUGUUCCGUUUUAAGGUCCCAUCUGUCUCAAGUUUCAGCCGUUGCCCGCCCGACCUGACUCGAACUCCCUCCCCACCGAGAAUUCCCGGCAGCUCAGCACACAUCACUGAGAGCACAACCCAUCUUCAGAAUAUCAAUACUCGUUGAUCCGCAAACAACAAAAACUGCGAAUGAAUUAUAUAGAUAUUUCAUCAUCGCCCCCCCUUUCUUCUCCCCUUUUUCCUACUACUUUGACCGCCGCAUUAUUCUCCUGUCAUUUCAAACUUCUUUCACCACUCAGCCCUGUCGUUCCCAUUACCCGUUUUAAAAGGGUUGCCUUGAAUAUCUAGGCUCGGUAUCGUUGGGAUUUCUGAAGCAAUUCCAAAUUAUUAGCUUGCCUGCUAGGGUCGACGGAUACUCUACCCUGUACGGAAUAUUCGGAACUGUGCUAUGGCGGCUACUUUUCGGCCUGUCAAUCCACCCAUGGCGAUAGAAGUCAAGGCAGACGAUGGAGCGGCGCGGUCGCCCACAACACCUACCCCGACAAAUGCCAGCUUUCCACAGCGACCGCUACCAACGUCCCCAUUUCCGCAAACAGUUCAAAUUCCAGAGAGCAUCGAUGAAAAGCAGACACCGAAGCAAAUGCCCAAACGGGAGAACUCACAGCAUUCGAAAAGGUCGCGAGGAGACUCCGAAGACGUCGAGAUGGACGAAUUAGAUGGAGAAAAUCAUGCAGAUGAUGGCGCAGGAUCGGAUGAAGAAAGUGUGAAUGCGGAUGGGACCAAAUCGAACAAGAAAAAGAAGUCGCAACGAUUUUUUUGUACCGAGUAUCCGCCUUGUAACUUGAGCUUUACAAGAAGUGAACAUUUGGCCAGGCAUAUUCGGAAACAUACUGGAGAACGUCCAUUCCAAUGCCAUUGCUCGAGACGAUUUUCACGGCUCGAUAAUUUGCGACAGCAUGCACAAACCGUACACGUCAACGAAGACAUACCAAUAGAUUCUCUUGCUGCGACGGGAACAAGGUUUCAAAGACAAAUUCGAACUGAUCGGGUACGGCAACCUGGGAGACCUCGAGCUGCAACAGCAGGAAGCAUGGGUUCCCCUCCUCGAGGCCACGCAAAAUCCCUUUCUACAUCGAGCAUUAGUUCCGUCGGUUCAACUUUCAGCACUCGCGAUGACGUGCGCCGAAGGCCUCCUCCUUUAGUGAUGGCGGAUCCACGGUCUCGGCUUUCUAUCGAGACCUAUCACAAUAAUACCGAAACCGCAUAUUCUUACCGGCCACCAUCCCCGAGUGAUUUUAGUACGCCAACCUCAGCGACCUUUUCAACCGGGCAGAACAGCCCCCGAUGGGGUUCUACAAUCGCAUCACCAAACUCGUCUCAUCCUCGACCACAAAGUAUGUACACUGGCCAUAGAACCCCGGGACGCCGCCUGAGUGUGCCUUCUAGCGGCGUUCCUUUUCAGUCUCCUCACGGUGCCUCCUUAGGACGCCCUCUUUUCGGACCUAGUGCCGUAAACACUUCAAAUCCUGGUGCUUUUUCUCCAACCGGAAGCUUACUAGGAUCGCCCACAUCCUCAAUAUUUUCCUCGAGGCGUGAGCCUACGUCACAGACAGAGGAUUGGCGUCGUCGCACGUGGCAUCCCGACUCAACUAACUUCAACACCGUUAGUAGCAGCAGCCGCUUGAGCAACGUGGUGACUCCAUCGCAAUUUCAGAAUUCCGUACCUACUCCAGUCCCACAGCAGCAAAAUACUCCAGUCCGGCUACCAGGAAUUGAAUCAUUUGGUCCUGUCCCCCGUCGUCCGGUGUCUCCGGCGGUGCAAAAUCCGUCUGCUAUGCAAGUUGACUCGGAAGCGCCCCCUCCGCGAGCUAUGCUUCCCUUAACCCAACUCGGAGAUACAGACGAUAGGCGCAAUACGGCUCAUUGGGACAUGGGCCUGCAUAGAGGUUUGACUCGCUUGGAUAUCACAUCAAACCCACCAGCCUCGGACCAGGCAGGAACUUGGGCCCGUGAAACAAAUCAAGCGGUAGAGGCUGAGGCGGACCGAAUGAGAGCAAACCCCCCUACUGUACGGUUUAACGAACCCGUCAUAAUGGAGAGCAGACCGUCAGGCGCUGCUAGUUUUUCCAGGGCGUAUCACCAACACACUAUGUCAGCACCUUCGAUCGCUACCUCGAGAGAGAUCAAACGGCGGGGUUGGUAUAAUGGCCCCGUAACAGUUCACGCCGAUGCUCCUCCUGAGAAGAUGGCGCGGGUGGAGCGGAUGGUUCAUCCAAACAUAAGCGAAUUCGCAGGUUUUCCAGCGAGAGAAAAUACCACAAAUGCCCCUCCCGGACAGCAAAAUCCCGGUGAGCGAGAUAACAUGCUUCGAUUGCAGGCACUUGUAGCGGUUGCAACAAGCGAGGGAAACGCGACGACUGCGUAUUAGACGGUAUACGGUCCACGUCUUAGAUUUAACACUAUAACCGUAUCUGGGAUACUACAAAUCUCCGCCACAACCAGUACGCAU